AUGGCGCAUAUUACAAUCACAUACCAUCAAAACGAUGCAACUGAAGCUGAAGUUAUGUUAAGAUCGCUGCAAACACGCUUUACGAUCAAGGAAGUGCCUAGUAAACAAUGUUUGCAAGAGAUACCAGGUUUGGUAUCGCGCUCGUUCAACGGUUCUCCUGAAAUGCUUUCCAAAGCGAAUCUUGAACCCUUAUUGCAAAAUGCGCCUGUAUGGAUUAAAUGUGGGGUUAAAACAAUUGAUGAGCCACUGGAUAUACAAUUUAAAAAGAGUGACACUUAUGCAUUAAAUAAAUUUUCAUGUGGGUACUUCGCGACGAAUAUGAAUUAUAUGUGGAGUAAAGGAAUACAAAACAUUCAUUCACUGCAAUGGAAAGCAGACAUUACGAAAGCAAUUAUAUCAAUUACAGCCAACAAUAACGAUAAAACAUUAGAAAUGAAGCUGGCUUCAGAAUGUCUGGAUAAAUAUUUUGUGGUUGUAACCAACAGUGGCGAAAUGUGUAUAAUUUUACCUAUCAUUGCAACACCUCGCUGUUAUACUGCACUUCAUAAUUGCCAACAACGAUAUUCUCGAAGAUUGGACUUUGGGAAGAUUGACGAGUCCUGCUUAGCUGAUACUUCUGCUUUGUGCCUACAUUUUUCAAAUAAAAAAUCAUUGGAGAAAUGCAAGUUAUUUUUGAUACAUGUACUCAAAUUAGAUAUGCAUUUGGGUUCAGUUGUUAUUAAGAAAAUGUCCAACCAAGCACCAGCGUACAACUAUGAGAUAUUUAACUUUUGGUCAUGCUAUACAUUUCAAAAGUUAUUAACAUUAGGCUACCGGAUAAAACAAAAAAUUACAUGCGAUAUUUUCAGCAAAAUCCAUCAAAUAUCAAACAUAUCUAACAACGAACAAUACCCAAAUCACCAAUGUUAUCGAAAGCUAAUAGCGAUAUACCAUCGAGCAAAACGUAAUAGAUUCUUUGAUAUCAGACGAGAAUUUGAUAAUAUACCUCCGGUUGUACCGGGUAUUGUCAUGGAUAAAUAUGUGUACGUUCCGCGGAUAUACUUAACACCAUAUACCGUUUAUCCGUUACCAAUCAAACCAAUGCGCGGAAAUCGAGUGUUGCGGCAAAAACAACAUUUUGGCCCCGACGAGCACUUCUGUCGAGUCAUCAUACGAGAUGUUGACCUUGGCCAGCCGCAAAAAGACUUCAUGGAAGAACAAGAACAAUGGAUCAAAAAUCUGAUCACUGGAGAAACAAAGAUCAUGGUCGGUCAUCGACAAUACCAGUUUUUACUGUGUUCGAACAGUCAGUUGCGUGACCGUAGCUUCUGGUUCCAUGCUGCUUACAACGAUUGCGAAGCGCACAAUAUACGGCAAUGGAUGGGUGACUUUUCAAAGGAAAAAUGUGUUGGAUCAUAUAUUGCAAGAAUGGCCUUGUCGUUAACUGGCACCACCGAAACCAUCACGCUAUUACCCAGCCAGAUAGAAUGUGUCGCUGAUAUAUCAGACCGCAAACAUCGAAAGUUCACUGAUGGGGUUGGCAAAAUUUCUCCAGAGGCGCUGAGACAAGUAUUCUUAGCUUACAACCCAGAAAUCAUCGAAGAUGAUUAUAUGCCAUGCGUAAUCCAAGCACGUUUGAAUGGUAUUAAAGGUAUAUUUGUUCUGGCACCUGAUUUAGCUGACAGAGGAAUAUUGGUUCAAUAUCGGCCAAGCCAAGAAAAAUUCACAGCUACUAAUAAUGUAUUAGAAGUUGUUAAACAUUCUAGUUCUAGUAUGGCAUUCCUGAACCGACAAGUGAUUGUCUUACUGGAAAAUAUGGGAGUACCAAAAGAAAUAUUCUUGAAACUACAGAACAAGACACGAUUGAAUAUAUCGAUGUCUUUAUUGGCAAAUAAAUCGGCACAGCGUACCCUGGAACAGAAUGUUCGGUCGUAUGAUUGGGAGAGGAUGCGCAAAUCUGGUCUUAAUCUAACGAAAGAACCAUUUGCGCGAUCGUUAUUAUUAAUGCUGGCACAAGAAAGGUUGAGGAAACUGAAAGAAAAAUCGCAUGCUCAAAUACCACUUUCCGAUGGGCGAAUGUUAUUCGGUACUGUUGAUGAGACGAACUCUCUCAAGUACGGUCAAGUUUUCAUCCAGCUUCGUAAUCUCGAUGGUCAACGUCAGAUAAUACGUGACCGACAGAUUCUUGUCACCAAAAACCCUGCUCACUUUCCCGGCGACAUCCGAAUAUUGCAAGCGGUUGAUCGUCCAGCUCUACAUCAUCUAUGGGAAUGCAUUGUAUUUCCUGCAGAAGGCGAACGGCCACAUCCAAAUGAAAUUAGUGGUAGUGAUUUAGAUGGUGAUGAAUAUUGGGUAUGUUGGAACGAAGAUCUGGUACAAUGCGCUACUCAACAACAUGCAGCUGCGAACUUCGAUGCAGCUGAAAAAUCAAAACACGAAGGUGAGAUUACAAUAUCAGUAAUCAGUGACUUUCUCCACAAAUAUCUGACAUGCGAUGCGUUGGGUCCCUUAUCAAAUCUGCACUUAGCUUGUUCUACUUUGCACGGUGUAAACCAUCAAGAUUCACUUCAACUGGCCGGGAACAUAUCUCAAGUAGUUGACUUUCCUAAAACAGGAGUACUUCCAGAAAAUCUGAAAAGUAUUCGAAUCCGUCAAUAUCCGGAUUUCAUGGAAAAUAAACAUAAAGAGUCAUUUGUAUCAGAUAAAAGUCUUGGUCAUAUGUAUCGACAGGUGAAAGAAGUAUGGACAAAACAUUCACAAAAAUUAGAAACAAUGGAAGGACAACAGAUCCCAACCGAUGCAGUACUUUUGAUAGAAGGUCGCGGUGCCUAUAUUAUAGAAGCAAAAACGGAGUACGAAUUUUACUCCAAACGAAUCGAUCUGAUUUUAUCGACGUACAAUUUAAAAAAUGAGUACGAAUUAAUUACUGGAUGUCAUUCAUGUCCGGCAGAAGAACGACAAAACAAUGAUUCAGCUGAAACAGCAUCGUUGGAAUUCCGUGAACUUCUCCGAGAGAUGAGAACUAGAUUUGCAUCCAAUCGCUUAACUCACUCCGAGAAAUUAUGUAAAGCGAGUGCAUGGUAUCAUGUCGCGUAUGAAGAAGGAACCAAUUUAAGUUUUGCAUGGAUUAUGGAUGGACUUAUGAGCGAUAUUGUUAAACACAAACAAAUACCUCAAGAAGAUCAUCAAGCAUGGAAACAGAUUGGUCAGAAAGUAGUCAAUUUGGGCUAUGGGGAUAGUAUAGAUCUAUACGCUUCUCGUAAAAAUAUUAACAUUGAAGAAUGUGCUGGUCUCUCCAAAGCGGAACAAAUCGGAUGUAAAUUCUUGAAAGUGAUCGACGGUAUUAAUAGCCACGGAAAUGCACCCCAACGUGUGCAUGAUCUGUUGAUUACUCUGCAUGAGAUUGCAUUGGAUACUGCAUAA